AUGGUAGCAAAUUCGGUGAAGAUUCCCACUUCGAAUGUAAAACAGAUAACAAAGCAUAAUAUCAAUACGACUAUCUAUUCCAAUGAAGUGGUUCUGCUCAAUUUCUACGCGGAUUGGUGUCAAUUUAGUGUUAUGCUAACGCCGAUUUUCGAACGGGCUGCCAGUCAAUUGGCCGAAGAAAUGAAUGGUGAAAAUGGUAAAAUUCAAUUGGGACGCGUGGAUUGUGUUAAGGAAAAGGAACUGGCCGAUCGGUAUGAUAUACGUAAAUUUCCUACAUUACGUCUCUUUUAUCGUGGUCAAGACUUGCGGCAAGAGUAUCGUGGCAAGAGAUCCAGUGAGGCCAUUGUGAAAUAUGUAAAGUCUCAGUUACGUUCGGCCAUAACGGAAAUACAUCAUCCAGAUGAAUUGGCCAAGUUGGAUACAAAGCGACGAGCCAUUAUAGGCUACUUCAAUAGCCGUGAGCAACCGGCCUAUAAGAUAUUUGAAAAGAUGACAGUCCGUUUAAUGAACUACUGUGAUUUUUAUAUGCGUUUGGGAGCUGACAUUGAGAAUCCCAUAUUUCCUCGCUCAUUGCCCGCUCUGCUGUUUCGCCCGGAUAUAGAACGUACCCAUGGUCAGGAUGAGAUCUAUGAGGUUGGUGCUGCAAUUCCACAUCUCGUUGAGACUUGGGCUUUUGAGAAAUGUGUCCCUCUAGUGCGAGAGGUGGACUUCAAUAAUGUGGAAGAGCUGAUCGAACAGAAACUACCUCUUCUACUGUUGCUGCAUUCCCCCAACGAUUUGUCAUCGAUUAAGGAUUUCAAGGCCAUUGUGGAAAUGCAAUUAUCUGAAUUUCGUGGACGUUUCAAUUUCAUCACCGUUGAUGGCCUCAAAUUUGAACAUUCUGUUCAACACAUGGGCAAAUCGAGAAAAGAUUUACCCAUUAUAGCAAUCGAUUCUUUGCACUUUAUGUAUCCAUUUUCUCAUUUUAAGGAUAUGUAUAUACCAGGAAAGUUGCAAAAUUUUCUUCAAGAAUUCUCUUCUCAGCAUUUGCGUGAGAAAUUGAAAAUGGACGAUAUCAAGAUAGUUAAUCAAGCCACUGGGAAAUCAACAACAUUGCCGCCUCCCUUAUCCACCUUUAAGAAUUUGGGACCCUCGAAGCAUCGGUACACGUUACUCCAUCAUGAUGAGCUCUAA